AAUACUUGGUGGCUUGUUGUCAUUUCCCAGGAGAGGCAGCAACACGUAGCUCUCUAUUGUUAAACCCUCCUUUCUCUGUCGGCGGUUGCAGCGGAAUCAACGUGAUUUGAGGCGUAGCCUCGCGCUCAGCGUCAGAGAGCCAGCAGCCUAUCCCGGAGGAUCCGCCGUCAAACACUUGAAAUGCUUUCUACUUGGAACUUGUAGCCAGGGCGCCUGUAAAUACCAACCGAGGCGAUCAUGUAAGCUGUCUUCUCGUGAUAUAUCGGAUUGGAAAGGUAUAAGAAGAGCACAUUUCAGCUCAUCAAAGAAAAAAACCACCCGUGAAAAACGCAUAGAGCCCAAGGUUAGAUCCGAGAGCUGGUCUUUCUCUCUCAGCUGAGAAGCGGAGCGUUUCAUGGUUUGAAACGUCUGUGCGUCUAAAUCCUUCUCAACAUCCUGAGGGCAACAAGAGACGGACGGAAGGAGAGGAAGCGGAGGGAGGCAGGCAGCAGGAGCCCCGACAAUCAGCCGAGGAGAGGCAUCGCUGAAAUGAGAUGAGGCUCAGAAAUGGAACUGUGGCCACUGCGUUAAUAUUCUUCACAUCCUUCCUCAGCCUGUCCUGGUACACAGCAUGGCAGAACGGCAAAGAGAAGCUGAUAGCAUACCAACGGGAGUUCCAUGCUUUGAAAGAGAGGCUUCGAGUUGCAGAGCACAGGACUCUGCAGCGUUCGUCUGAGCUCAACCACAUUCUGGAGCAGUUCAGACGGGCCAUCGCUGAAACCAACAGCAGCAAAGAUGCACUAACAAACUUUUCAGAUGAGACUCAGAAGCUACUGAAGGAGCUCACAAACAGGAAACCUCUCCAGGUGCCAAACAUCUACCACCACCUGCCUCACCUCCUGAACAAUGAGGGCAGCCUGCAGCCAGCAGUGCAAGUCGGUCUUGGUCGCACUGGAGUUACCAUGGUGAUGGGAAUCCCCACAGUGAAGCGAAAGGUGAAGUCGUAUCUGUCAGAGACGCUGCGUUCGCUUAUAGACAAGCUCUCAGCAGAGGAAAAGCUUGACUGUGUCAUCAUUGUGUUUGUCGGGGAGACUGACCUGGACUAUGUCCACAGCGUGGUUGAUGGCCUGGAAAAAGACUUUUCUACAGAGCUCAACUCUGGCUUGGUGGAGGUCAUCUCCCCACCAGCUACCUAUUAUCCAGAUCUGACCAACCUAAAAGAGACUUUUGGAGACUCCAAAGAAAGAGUCAGAUGGCGAACAAAGCAGAAUUUGGAUUAUUCCUUUCUCAUGAUGUACGCUGUGAGCAAAGGGGUUUAUUAUGUCCAGCUGGAGGAUGACAUUGUGGCCAAGCCCAACUAUUUUGCCACCAUGAAGAACUUUGCCCUGCAGCUGUCUUCAGAGGACUGGAUGAUCCUGGAGUUCUCCCAGCUUGGCUUCAUCGGAAAAAUGUUCCAGGCUCCAGAUCUGAACCUCAUUGUUGAGUUCAUCUUUAUGUUCUACAAAGAGAAGCCAAUCGACUGGCUGCUGGACCACAUACUCUGGGUCAAAGUCUGUAACCCUGAGAAAGAUGCGAAACACUGUGAGCGACAGAAAUCCAGCCUUCGCGUGCGGUUUAGACCCUCUCUAUUUCAACACGUCGGACUCCAUUCUUCUCUUGCUGGAAAGAUUCAGAAACUGACGGAUAAAGACUUCCUGAAGCCGCUACUCCAUAAAAUGCAUGUUAACCCCCCUGCAGAGGUCUCCACUUCAAUGAAGGUUUAUCAGGGCCACACUCUGGAGAAGACGUACCUUGGAGAAGAUUUCUUCUGGGCCAUCACCCCUACUUCUGGAGACUACAUUUUAUUUAAAUUUGACCGACCGGUUAGCAUAGAAAGGUUCCUGUUUCGCAGCGGUAACCAGGAGCACCCAGGAGACAAGAUUGAGAACACCACAGUGGAAAUACUUCCUUCCUCGGAAAGUGGACUGCAGACCAAAGAGAAGUACAAGCGAACUGAAGAUCGCUUCUACAGGAUCGGUCAGUUUGAGAAAGGUGUGGCAGAGGGGGUUGUAGAUCCAGCCUUCAACCCAGUUGUUGCCCUUCGACUCUCAGUUCAGAAAAACUCUGCUGUGUGGGCCAUCCUUAGUGAGGUACAUAUAAAGAGGGUAUCUGGCUGAGUGCUCAGGAGGAGGUACAUGAAUCAUAGCCCCUGGAGGGCCAAAGUCUCCCAGACUGCUAAUGCGGGGUCUCUAGUACCUAGCAACCAGCAGAGAAGUCAUUAGAGCUUAGACUUGUCUAAGAAAUGCCAGCUCUCUGUCCUCGUUCUACCUGAUUUGCUUUGUUUUUGCUUCUUAUUUAUCAGUCUCUCCCUGACUUUCUUCAUGACUCCCACACUCUUGUGAUUUUAUUUUUGAGAAUGUGAAUACUACUGUCUGCAGUCAACAAGGAGGGUGUGAAGACAUCCGCUCGCAGCCUGGCUUCUCAGAGGAACAGUGUCGCAGAGCGGCUUUGAAUCCAAUCAGAUAAUUGCUGGAAGAAUGCACGCGGCUGAAUCUUUACAGGUGGGGGGAACCAAUCCACCUGGCCAGUGGUAGAGAUGAUGCCAAAUCCCUCUCACUUACUCAAUGCUGCCACAUGUGGGCGAGCAGGGGCAUUGCACUGUCUCUCGUGCCUCAGCAAACCCCAGCGAUGAUCAAGAAUGUUGACGUCUCCUAACGGUGGGCUGGCUCCAAAAGCAGCGGCGGAGGUCUAACACGGGACUCUAGAUGCACACCAGCCCAAACUGAUAUCUUCUCUUCACUCCAGUCAAACAGAUAUCCUGUUGUUAGGCUGGUGGGAGUAUUUUUCCAUAUAUUCCAACCUAAGGCAGCCUAUUGAUCCACAAAAAAAAAUCAGCUGUAUGUCAUCAAAUCUCUCUCUCCUCAAGGUCAUUUUAGGGUUAGCUAACAGGGACUUUAGCGAGGCAAAAUUUCCUCAAAGAAAUAUAUUGUUAUACUGAUAUAUUAUUAUUACAACUAUGACUGACGAUCUAUGAAGUUGACUUAAUUUAUUGAAAAUAAAUCUUUAAUUUGUACAAGAGUUAAAAUAUAUUUUAUUCUAAAAGAUGUUUAUGGUAGUUAUGAGUCUGUGUUUUUAUGGACUUUUCUUUUUAAUCUAAAUAGUUUCUGUAAUUUUUAAUUUUCAUGGCAUACAGCUCCUUGCAAAGUCUUGUGUCAACAAAUUCAUUUUCAUGGUAUUGAAACUUAAACAGUAGGAGGAUUGUACUAGAUUCUGUUUUAGUUGUUGCAGGGUUCCUACACGUUUUAAUAUGAAACCUAUGUUAAAACAUUUUCCAAGAAUCUUCUGGGUUCCAAUUUAAAGAAAAAAGAAAAUCAGACUUUCUAAGAAAUAAGGAGGUAAUUAUGUGGUUAUCACAUCAUAAUUGGUGUUAAUCUUUAUUUUAUGAAUGUAGUGGGAGAGGAUGAGACAAUGAGGAAAAAAAUGGCAUGGAAGUGAUCAUUUUCUCUUAUAUUAGGAGGUUCAUAAAGUUAUUGUGCCUGCUGUACUGGGAAUGUAUCAAGACAAAUUAAGCUGGAGAUCCUAGUUCCAUAUGAUGAGACAAUGUGGCUGUAAAUACUUUUAAAAAAGGAUUGAUAUCUUCAAAUAUUUUAAUAAUAAAUGGUUAUACCAAUAAAAGUAGCUCAAAAUAUUUGAGGGGAAAAGCUGAAAACACCUUUUAACAAAAUUAUAAUGAGCUCCUUAAAUUUUACUAUAACAAAACUUUGAAUCCGUUAUCUAAUCAAACGCAAACUAAAGAGAUGGUUAAGUCAAAGUAAAGAGUAUCUUGAUAUGAGACCUAAAGCCAUAGAUUUUAUGAGAUAAUGAAACAACUAAACAUGCUUGACAUCUCGUUAUCUUCAUUUCAUAAAAUAAGCUGUUAUUUAGUUGAAAUAUCUUGAUAUUUAAAAGAGUCAGAAGCUGCCUUUGUUAAUACAAUGUCAUAUUUUCUGUAUGUUCAGGUAGUUGGAAGAAAUACAGACAGAAUUAGAUGAAAAUAUUGCUUUUGUAAGAUAUUUGUAUUAUUUAAUUUCUAUUAAUGUAAAAAUAGUUUUAUAAAUCUACCUUAUUCUCAAGGAUAAUGGCUCCUGGUCUCACAUAUGAAUGUCAUAUUUUGGUGGAUAACUUAACAGUUUAGCAAAUUAUCACGUUUUUGCAGCUAGUUACAUUACCAUACAGCUUUGUUUUGUAUUAGCUGGAUAUAACUUCAAUAAUGAAGAGAGGUUUAGCGUUUUUAUGGGAGCUCAUUAAUGGUAAACACCAGAGUGAGAGCAAUUUGACCCGAUUGGUAGUACCUAGUAGAAAUGGUCUGAUAAUGGUUAGGAAAUGGGUCUGAAAACAUCUGGAAUACUUACUGUAACAGCUGUAGGAACCCUGAGGUAGUAGAUACCAGUCUAAGUAGGAAAAAUGUGCCUUAUAAACACCAUUAUCUUGAAAUUACCCCCCAUUCUCAACAAUCUUUUUCUUCGCUGUUUCUUGCCUGGAAAAUCAUCAAUGUUUGGAUAAUGUUAAUUUAGAUAAAACAAUGCUAGAUUAAAACAAUAUUAAAUAUUAUAUUACUGCUGAAAAGAAGUGAAAACUAAUUUCAUCAGCUUAUGAUCUGGCACAGCAAUAUUUGCACUGCUUUGAUGAUUUUUUUUUACCUCAUUUCAUUUUUUUCAUUUAUUUUGUUAGGGUAAGUUCUUUUUGUGGACAGGACAUGACUACUGAUCAAUAAAUUUCACCGCUGUAAAUAUAUUUAGAGAUAUAUAUUCUAUCACUUUUUUCCUAUUGGAGGUAGUGUUUUUUUUUUUUUUUUUUUUUUUACAUUUUCAUGUAUGUGGCCAACUAUCUAAUUUAAAACUAUUUGUAAGUGAAACUUGACUGAUCUUUUGUAAUAGUGAUUGUAGUUUUCACUGUCAAGGGGUUAGUGAAGUGCCUUUAGGUGGGAUUGUUUUCUAAUUACUCUAAUUCUGGCUUAAAAUGCUUUAUCGCAGUUAUGAUUUUAAUUGUAAUUUACUAACAUUUUGUUCAGGUCAAACAGGUUCCCUUUCCUUUCCCCAAUUGAAGUAUGUGCUCUGGUCAGUCUCUAGUUCUUUGAAUUUGAAAAUCUGAGCAAAACUUCAUAGCCCGAAAUGCUUAAAAAAUACCUUUUCCUUCUGCUUUUAAUGUUGCAUCUGCUUUCAUAAACAAACGGAAAAUGAAUGCAUGUAAGGGACCCAUUGCCAUGCUGUCUGGGAUUUUCCCUGCUCUUUUUAAGGAAGCAGGACAUGUCUGUAAAAAAAAAAAAAUACAAAGGACAUUCACUCAACAACUUCAGUUCAUGUGCCUUCAUCGUGUCCAUGUUUGCUUGAUUCUGGUGAUCUUUUUGGCAUCAAUUUUCCAUGAACAUCGAUUUUGAAUAAACAUCUGAACUGGGUGGAACUAAUUGUA